AUGUCAGGGUCUCUUGUCCUCAAGAAUUUAAUUCAAGAUUGUAGAAAAUUGAAAAAAUCAUUUGGGUUUCAAUACAUUUGCAAUGAAGAAAUAUUAACUAAAGCCUUGAAUAAAUUGAAUUUACCUGCAAAAUACCCUAAGCCCAAUAGUACAAAAAUUUUAGAAAUUUACCCAGGUCCAGCUAUUCAAUCUUUAAUUACAUACAAUAUUUUAAAACCUAAACAGUACAUUUUAUUGGAAAAACACACAUAUUUUCAUAAUUUAAUAACAAAACAUAUAUUACUGAACAAUGAAUAUACCACUUCCAUCAAACCCACAUUUACAGGUUUAGAAUCGAUUGCUAAAAUAUAUACAUCAAAGGAUACAAAAAAUUAUCCCAAUUUACAAUUGACAGAUUUAAAUCCGUAUAACUGGGAAUCAUACUCCCAUAUUACAAAUUUUAAUGUGAAAACCAGUAAAACCGAAGAUCCUGAACACGCUAUAUUUUUACCAUCUACCCAAUCCUUUGAUAAAGUUCAUGAGGAAUUUUUAAUCCUAGGAAAUCUAACAGGAAAUGUCACAGCAACUGCCACAGGUGAAGCACUAUACAUGCAAUUGUUGUCCUGCAUCACAAGACAAAAUUGGUUACAAAGAUUUGGCCGUGUAAGAAUGGUCUUUUGGGUUUCGGAAGCAACUGCUCGCAAAUUGGUUACAUUUCCUGGCGAUAAGGCCAGAUCCAAAGCCAGUUUACUAUCAGAAACGUUUACUGAAACAAAAGUGGUGGCUUUGAGUAACAGCGCUCAAAUUAACCCUGAUGUUAAUAAACCAUGUUCGGCUUCCAUGUUUAACAAAAGGGUUAUAGAUAGAGAUGACCCAUACUUUUAUGAUGCAAAGAACAUGGACUUGAUUGAACCUAUAAACGGCGCAGUUCUUAAGAAGUGUGGAUUACCAGUAUUAAUAGAAAUUUCUCCCAAAUAUAAUACAGGUGAGAUCUGGGAUACUUGGGAUUAUGUCACUAAACACUUAUUGGUUUUAAAAACAAGACCGCUAGGCGAAUCUCUAAACUCUUUAGGCCCUGGUGCUUUUGAAUAUUUCAAUAGAGUCAUUCAAGACAAAUCUUUGCUAGAGAAGCCAUCGAAUACUUUAACCAAGGAAGAUUUUAUAUAUUUGACUGACAUCUUCUAUAAUUGGCCAUUCAAACCAGACAUUAUGAUGGACUUUGUCGAUGUUCUUCAAGAUGAUUGA